UACAGCUCCCGAAAGGCUGCGGGCGCGGAGAGCGGGUGGCCUCGCUUCCUACUCCGGCGCGGCCGCCACGGCGUCGCGGGAGCCGAUGGAGGGCGCCGAGGCGCUGGUGCGGUGUCCCGUGUGCCUGCGGGAGCUGCGGGGCGCGCUCAUCAACUCGCACCUGGACCGCUGCUUGCAGGCCGCGGAGGGCGAGGCGCAGCGGGGCUGCUCACCUCCCUCCAAGAGGCCGCGUUUGGCCGCCGCUCCGCCGGAGGGCGAAGCGGAAGAGCAGCCCGAGGAGGCCCGGCCGGCGGCCGCCCCCGUUUUUUCCCUCUUCCACAAGGGCCAGAGCCCGGGAGCCCCCGGCAGGAGGAGCGGGGCCGGGCGGGGAGAUGCCGCCGAGCAGCCGGAGGAGGGCGGCGGGCCCGCGCUGCGCGGGGCGAGCGUGGCUGAGCGGCUGGAGGGGCAGCCCCUGGCCGACAGGCUGCGGCCGGACACGCUGCAGGACUACGUGGGGCAGGAGCGAGUGCUCGGCGCCCACACCUUACUGCGGUCCCUGCUGGAGUCUCACGAGAUCCCCUCCCUCAUCCUCUGGGGGCCGCCGGGCUGCGGCAAGACUACCCUCGCGCACAUAAUCGCCAACAGCAGCAAAAAGAAAGGCAUGAGGUUUGUGACACUGUCAGCCACAAGUGCCAAGACAAAUGAUGUUCGAGAUGUCAUCAGCCAAGCCCAGAAUGAAAAAAGGCUCUUCAAGAGAAAAACCAUUCUCUUCAUCGACGAGAUCCAUCGGUUCAAUAAAUCUCAGCAGGACACUUUCCUUCCUCACGUUGAGUGCGGGACGGUGACUCUGAUAGGAGCAACGACAGAAAACCCGUCCUUCCAAAUCAACGCAGCUCUCCUGAGCCGGUGCCGGGUGAUCGUUCUGGAGAAGCUCUCAGUUGAGGCAAUGGAGGCAAUUCUGCUGCGGGCUGUCAAGUCUUUAGGAGUCCAGGUUUUGGGCCAAGGCAGCCAGCACGGCAGCUCUGCGACUGACAGCGGCAACAAGAGCACAGAAUUACCUGUGUACGUAGAGGAGAAAGCUCUAAGUACUCUCGCCUACCUUUGUGAUGGUGAUGCGAGGACUGGAUUGAAUGGACUUCAGUUAGCAGUUCAGGCCAGACUGGCAGCAGGGAAGACCACUCUGCUGAGCUUUACCAAAGGUUGUUCUGCCAGUGGAGUUCUGAUAACGGAAGAACAUGUGAAGGAAGGUCUACAGCGAUCGCACAUCCUCUAUGACCGAGCAGGAGAAGAGCAUUACAAUUGCAUCUCUGCCCUGCAUAAGUCUAUGAGAGGCUCAGAUGAAAACGCAUCCCUCUACUGGCUUGCUCGAAUGCUUGAAGGUGGUGAAGAUCCGCUCUACGUGGCAAGGAGGCUGGUGAGGUUUGCAAGCGAAGAUAUAGGGCUGGCCGAUCCUUUGGCUUUAACGCAAGCAGUUGCUGCUUAUCAAGGUUGUCACUUCAUUGGCAUGCCAGAAUGUGAGGUCAUUCUAGCACAGUGUGUAGUGUAUUUUGCAAGAGCACCAAAGUCUAUAGAGGUGUACAGGGCAUACAGCAAUGUCAAAGAAUGUCUGAGAAUGCACACAGGACCGCUGCCACCUGUUCCAUUGCACCUGAGAAAUGCCCCGACGAGGCUUAUGAAGAACUUGGGCUAUGGUAAAGGCUAUAAGUAUAACCCCAUGUACAAGGAACCUGUGGAGCAGGACUAUCUGCCGGAAGAGCUGAAAGGAACAGACUUCUUUAAGGAACAAAGAACAUGACAGCCCUGCUCUGAAUACUUCUUGUUUUCAUGAUGCAUACACUUGUACUGGGGUGAAGAUUUCCCUGCUAAUUUCAGUCCAGUAUUUCUGGAGCAGAAAGUACGAAAUCACUCAGCCCUUGAGAUAUUUUUGGUUUUCUGCUGUCAUUCCAAAGGAGUUAGGCAAUAUGGAAAUACAAAGGUAAGCUUUGCAAUAUAGUUCUGUAACCCUCUGGUUCAGGAGAGGUGGAGAAAGAAGUGUCUUCCACUUCUGGCUCUUGUAGUGAGAUAAGGAAAACGAUCAUGCUGCUUUUUGAAAUCUGUAUCCAUUUCAAACUCCUAGAAUGUUUUUUUUCUAGAAAAAUAAGAGACUGUUCUCCUCUGCCCCACUAAAAUAUAGUAAACAAAAUAUAAUCACAAUUUAAUUCUUCCUUUUAUGUUUCAGAGAAAUAUUCUCCAACAACAUUUAUUCAACUAAUAAACUUGUUGAAAACAA